UACACUUGAUUUCGUUGGUAAUUCUAUAAAAUUCAACAUGGCUGUCGAUAUGUAUACGUAUCGAUGUACGUUCACUUUUUUUUAUUGACACAUAGUAUAGUGAAUGCAUACCACAACAAAUGUUAUGUUUUCUCUUUUGCAAAUUAAUGGAUCACUUUAUUGAAGAUGAGCGUAACUUUACAUACUGACGUUGGAGAUAUAAAAAUAGAAUUAUUUUGCGAAUUGUGCCCAAAAUCGUGCGAGAACUUUCUCGCUUUGUGUGCUAGCGAUUACUAUGACAAUUGUUUAUUUCAUAGAAAUAUAAAAGGUUUUAUCGUGCAAACUGGAGAUCCUACGCAUACUGGUAAAGGUGGAACAUCGAUAUGGAAUCGUAAAUUUGAAGAUGAAUUUAAAGAAGAAUUGAAACAUAAUGCAAGAGGAUUGGUUUCUAUGGCUAACAAUGGUCCAAAUACGAAUGGAAGUCAAUUUUUUAUAACAUAUGGACCUCAACCACAUUUGGACUUGAAAUAUACUUUAUUUGGAAAGGUAAUAGAUGGUUUAGAAACUCUUGAACAACUGGAAAAAUUACCAGUAAAUCCUAAAAAUUACAGACCGCUUACAGAAACUCGAAUAAACAGUGUAACUAUACAUGCUAAUCCUUUAGCAGGAUAAAUAUAGAUAUAUUAGAAAAACACAAAUAUUUCAAUUUUUAAAGAUCUCUUGAACUUGAAAAUUGUUUUUGCUUAUAUUAAAAUAAUAAUUUAUUAAUAAGAUCAAAUAUAUUUCCUUAGCAAAGAUCUACUGUGUAUCGUUUCCCCAUAGCUUCAAUUUCGUAAUUAGCACUUUCUAGAAAUUCCUUUGUUACAUUUUCUCCGUUUGGAUGUUUAAUGUACCUAAUAUUAAUCAAUAUUAGCUCUAUAAAUUUUUAUUAUUACA